AUGUAUCUUUCAAUGUUCGAAAAUAAUGCUUAUUCAAAAGGAUCAGGAUACUCAGACUUAGGAUUCCACCUUAAUAUUAUUACAUCAAUAGCUCACGGAUUCAAUCAUAAAAGACAUGAUUUUAUGACAGUAGAAAGCCCUAUUUUUUCAGGAGUUCAACUUGUAUAUCCAAUUAUACCAAACUUUUAUUCUGCCUUCCUUAUUUCCACAGGGCAUUGCUCAAUUCGAUAUUCUUUAUUGAUCCCUUCAACUUUAGUUGGCUGGUCAUUCAUUAUUUCUUUGUACUCGCUUUCUUUGUACUUUACGCGUUCACAUUUUGCUGCCACACUAUCCGUAAUUAUCUAUUUCAAUUUAGGCGGCCUUGGAUUUAUGGUUCUGAAAGAUGAAAAAUGCAGAAAAUACGGAUAUUGGGAUUUAGUAUUCAAUUGGUGCAACAAUAAUCCUCAGUAUUGGUUCCACCCUCUAACUCAUAUCAUUAUUCCCCAAAGAGCUUCGUUAUUUGUUUUUCCUUUAAUAUAUUGGGCAUAUUUGUCAAUAUUACUUGCUAUUCUAAAGAAGAAUCACAAACUCAUGGCUCUCGCGGGUCUCCUCACUGCAUUAAUGCCUCAAGUUCAAUUACAUGCUUAUUUAUCUAUUGCAGAAUGGUCAAUUCUUUUCUGUUUGUUAAAACUAAUAGAAGGUGAAUGGAAAAACUUCAAAAGUUACUUUAUCAUUUGGUCAGUAUAUGGAAUUACAGCCAUUCCAUUAGCAAUUCCACAAAUUCUUCCAUAUCUCAAACGUGUUGGUGAAUUACAAGGCCAAUUUAUGCAAUAUAAUCCAAUUUGGCUCUCAAAAGAUUUUAAAAUAGGUGAUAGUUUCUUCAAACCUAUAAUUUUGUGGAUAAAUUCACUUGGAGCAUUUAUUGUUAUAUCUCUUGUUAUAGGAUUGUUUUAUCUCAACAGAUACCAAAUUUCUGUUUAUCUUCCUAAUAUAAUAAUUUUUAUUAUUGCUAAUUUGAUUUUAUAUCAACCAUGGGCAGCAGAUAAUACGAAAAUAUUUUAUACAGGUUGGAUACCUUUUGCAGUACCUGUUGUUGCUAAUUUUAUGUCCAAAUUAGUUAAUCUCAAGUUUUCUAUACCAAAAUUUAUUUCUUGUUUUGUUUUAUUUUGCAUAUUACUAAUUUUACUAACCAUAAGUGGUCUUCUCACAACGAUCACAACUAUGCAAUAUCCAACAUGUAUUUAUCACAAAGAGGCAGGAUCAUUUGAUUUCGGAUUAUGGGUAGCAGAGAAUACGCCAGUGAAAGCAAUUUUCAGUAUGGAAGGCGGUCCUGGAAAUCCUAUUCCAGCAAUUGCAGGAAGGCAGAUGUACUGUGGUUAUGGCGGAUGGAUUUAUACUCAUGGUCUUCCUAUGGAUAGAUAUUGGGAAAUUGUUUCAACGGGAAGAGAUCCGUCAAAUUUCUCUUUUUAUGAUAAUAACGGUAUUAUGUACGCCGGAAAUAUCGCUUCCACACAAUACAGUUUUGAUACUCCUUUAUAUGGAUGGUCAAAAGUUUUUGAUGCUGAAUCUAACGUAUUGUAUAGAAGAUCUCAGAUAUAA